GGGGGGAGGAGAGGAAAAGGAGAGAGAGGGGCUAGUGGAUGUAGCUCUAGCUGUGGGCCGGGGGGAGAGCUACCUAGCCCGGGCUGCUCUGCUGAAACAUCCAUGGGUGGCUGUGUGGGGAGCCACCACGACUCCUCGGGCAGCUUGAACGAGAACUCGGACGGCACUGGAGUGGCUCUAGGGCGUAACCAGCCCCUGAAGAGAGAGCGGCCUAAAUGGAAAAGUGACUACCCGAUGACUGAAGGCCAGCUGCGCAGCAAGAGAGAUGAGUUCUGGGAUACAGCGCCAGCGUUCGAGGGCCGGAAGGAGAUCUGGGAUGCGCUGCGGGCUGCGGCCAGCGCCUUUGAGAGCAACGACCACCUGCUGGCUCAGGCCAUCCUGGAUGGGGCCAGCAUCACACUGCCGCACGGAGCUCUGACUGAAUGUUAUGAUGAACUGGGGAAUCGAUACCAGCUGCCAGUCUACUGCCUCUCCCCUCCCAUCAACAUGAUCGAGGAGCGCUCCGAGGAGCCCGACGGUUCAGAUCCAGACUCCAGCGCUGCGGAUCCGUCCACGGGCAGCGCCAGCGACCCCAGCUCAGGAGGAGAGUGCCAGCUGCGGCUCCGGCUCUCCACGGGUCGGGACCUGCGGCUUGCCGUCCGUUCCUCGGACACGGUGGGAAUGAUGAAGCGUCGUCUGCAGAGUCAGGAGGGCGUGCCCGCCCCAACCCAGCGCUGGUUUUUCUCAGGUCGGCCUCUGACAGACAGGCUGCGCUUGGACCAACUCAACAUCUCCAGGGACUAUGUGGUUCAGGUGAUCCUCAGCCAGCCGCCACAGCCAGAGCCGCUGUCAACGGCAGGACAAACGCCAGAGGCCUCAGGGCCGGAGGAGGGGGUGGCCACGCUGUCGCAGGAACCGACACCUGUGGAGAAUUAACUUCCCACAUCCCGACAGCCUGGAGGUGUGAAUACCAACAGGCUGGAGGAUAAACGGAGGAUAACAAGGGAGAAAAAAAGGAUGAAAGUUGAUUCUGACUUUUCUUUUAAUUUGCACUCUCCUCUCUUCUUUCUUCUCCUCUUCUUCUCUUCUUCUCUUCCCGACUCUUCUCUUCUCUUGAUUUCUCUCUUCUUGGCAAGCUGCUUUUGCGAGAAGGUCUUUCUUCGUCGGCUGUCUGCUGGAGCGACAGGACUCUUGAAUUGAGAAAAGACUCUUCCUUUUUGGUUUUACACGUCAAAAUUUUGACCUUUUUGAAGUCUUUUUAACUGUUCCUAUGGAAACCAAACAACAAAAACAGAACUAUGUCGGAUGGCUUAAAGGGUUUUCUUAGCAACACUGAUGUUGGAAUGUUUCUGUGUUUCCAUCCUGCUCUCUAAAGCUGGCAAAGGUCACCAGACUUCUGUUCAUGAGGCGACAGGGUUAAUUAUUCACUUCAUCACACGCAGCGUUUCAGCCUGAGCAGUUUCUACAGGAAGGAUUAAAGAUACUCAACAAUCA